AGCCAAACGUGACAAAGUGCAUCAUCAAAAUUUGUACCGUAGACAUGUAAUCUUGUACCCUUUGGAGGCCUUUUCACCAGAAUAAUGGAUAGUGCCGAGGUAGCUGUGAUGUUAAAUGGUACUCAGGUAAGGACUGAAAUUUAUUUACUAGCGAUCUUCGCAGUAACAGCAGUUUGGCACUUGAUAUCAGCGGAGUAUAUUUAUAUAAUGAUUGCAUCACGCUUCGGUCCCGAAUUGCUGUCUGUGUUCGCUGAUUCAUGGUUUUCUUAUUCGCGGGAAGCUUUGAUGAAUAAAUGGUUUGUUUGGUGCUGAAAAGUCGCUGACUACGUGAAUUGCAAUUCGCUCAAACAAGUUCCGGCUGUGCACAUUCCUCCUGUUACACUCACCCAAAGCGAUCACAUUCAGCUGAGUUCUUGAACAUUGUCUCACUCUUUUGCAAUUUUGAAGGGUAUUAGAGACAGCAUUAGUUGAAUUAGUACGGUCUGAUUUUAUCAAUCACGAGUAUGAUUACAGACAGAAUUGGACGACACGAAGUCCUGUUACCAAUUACUCAGAACUAUAACAGAAUGUGAGAAAGAAACUAGACAUCGGUUAUACGUUUUCAUUAAAAAAAAAGCAACAACUUGAGCUCGGCGAAAUGCGAGACAAUAGCGCACUCAUAUGACGCGUUCUGUCCACUUACACAGGCAUGACGUGUGAACUGUCCCUUUAACUGUCCUAUUACACUGUCCAGUUACAAACAUGAUGCGUACACUGUCCUAUUAGUGCUAAAAUCGGGCUGGUGAGAACCAAUUAUGUUCGAGAAUUUUGUUAUAGUUUUGAUUACAUCUUGAAUGCACACUUCGGACUACCAAGUGUUAGUUAAUUUUGAAGGGUUUUAACCCUGUAACUCCCAAGAUCUCAUUGUUAAUUCUCUCCUAGAGCUGCUACAAAUUUCUUUGUUAAUCAUAACCAUUACAAAGUCCUUAAUUCUUAUUGAUGCCUUUGCAGUUUCAUUUUUCACGAAUCAUUCUUUACAGUUGUAAUCAGACAGUGUAAUCGGACAGUUGGCUGCAAUCACAGAAUUGAUCACAAUAACCACAGCAACAACCAUUUAUCCAAAGAAAACUAGGCAAUUUCCAAAAUGAAGGAAUUUUUUAAUGAGAGACAUUAUCUCCACUGGAGAUAUUUAUUCUAGAUGUAUUUGUUUUUUGGGAAAUUGAAAUGGUUAUGAUUAAUUGUGAGAAACAAAAUGGACUCCUGCUUCACAGUUAUCCAAUUUUGUAAAUCACUUGUAUGAUUACAGACCAAAUUGGACUCCAGUUGGUCCUAUUACCAUUAUAAAUUGAUUACAAGAAAUUUGGUGUGAAUAUGAAACUGAUCUUUGCAGUAGUGAACACUACCUGAGCAGUAGUGAAAAUAAGACCUGAAAAAAACUCAUGCCUGUACGGCCCGGGAUUUGAAUGCAUGACCUCUGCGAUACCGGUUUUUUUUUCUUUUUUCAGGCCUUAUUUUCACUGCUGCUCAGGUAGUGUUCAUUACAGCAAAGAUCACUUUAAUAUUCAUGUCUUUUUUUGAUUUUCACAGUCAUUUAUUCAUCACUUAACAGGUUUAUUUGGAACCAACAUAAUGACCAACUGCCAGUUGGCUUGUUGGCUCAGUUGGUCAAAUCCCAUACAGGCCUAAAUUUUUUCAGACCUUAUUUUCACUACUGCUCAGGCAGUGUUCAUUGCUGCAAAGAUCACCUUCGCAUUCAAGUCUUUAUCCACAGUUCACAUAUAUGAUUUUCAUAUAUUCACAGUCAAGAAAUUUGGUGUUAGGUCAAGCUAACAACUUCUUCUAGAAAAGUUUGAGUAUUCGCACUGCCUGUUUGCUGCACAAUGAAUGGAUAAUGUUACAUGUUGAAUAUACAAUGAAUGGCAAAGUUACUUGCUAAUCACUUCUGGGAGUUGAAGGGUUAAACAUUCAAUGCUAUGUUGCAAUAUUUUAGUAAAUAUCAAAACUUGAUAUUGAAGCUUACAAGUGAAGAAAGGAUGUGUUUACUCCACAAAAUUCAACCAAGAUGUUGAAAUAUAUCUUUCAUUUUGAGCAAGAUUUACAAGUAUCAUCUGAUAUGACAGUGAAUAAAGAUGGCAAGUUUCUAAAGAAAUUGUGGUGCAGCAUCGAUGAGGGGUAUAACAAGAUACAGUUGAAACUGUAUUUAACAGUCACCUGCAGGGAAUGGCAGGGUGACUACUUAACCCUUUAACUCCCAAGAUUUCAUGAGUAAUUCUCCUUACUAUCUCCCAUACAAUUUAUGCGAUGUUUGUUUGGAGAAUUUGGAAUUGGAUCAACCAAUAAUCCCUUAAUUGAUAUUUUUCUGUAUUCUUAUCACUUGUCUGCUUGAUAUUGUACUGAUGAUGUAGGGAGAAAUUCUGUUUAGGAUGUACACAUCUUGCUUAACCCUUUAACUCCCAUGAGUGACCAAGACAGAAAUUCUCCUCACAAUAUCAAUGCUAUAUUAAGCAGACAAGUGAUGAGAAAAAAGAAAAAUAUCAAUUAGGGGAUUAUUAGUUGAUCCAAUAUCAAAUUCUCCAAGCAACAUUACAAGAACUGUAUGGUAGACAGAAAGGAGAAUUACUAAUGAGAUCUUGGGAGUUAAAGAGUUAAAUAUACUACUUACUUUGACUUUUAUAUUAUCAACUCAAUUUAUAAAACCAAGUUAUCAGACAAGAAAUGGAAUGGUUGUAUUUUGAUUAAUUUUUUUUGUUGAAUUUUCCAAUGUCAUUCACAAGUGAUCCUGUUAAUCCAUUGGCGGAUCCAUCAUCAACUGAUCUACAUGUUGCAAUCAAUCAGUUUAUUAGUCAUUUCUAUUCAUUCUACCUAUACAUGCAUACAAUACUUGCAGUAUGUACACAAUCUUUUUUGUUUCAAUAGUUAUCGUUUGUUGGCCAAGAGGCAGAGAGCAUACCAGGGAUUAUUGGAAGGAAAUAUGGGAAGGUUACUACAAGAUUGGAUUUGAGCUACAACCAGCUAAGGUAAAGAUAUAUGUUCUUAGAUCAGAUUUACACUGAAACCAAGAGGUCACUGCAUUCGAUUCUCUGACAUACGGUUCCAUGUGCUUUGUGUGCUGCAACUACUCAAACUACCCUACUGUUCUUGCUGUGUUCAUUUAUAUAAAUUCAGCUCAUUUUAAAUUUGUGCUGCUUGUCUCAGGGGAAAAAAAUCAUCUCAUAAAAAGAUUUUACCAGAAUUUUUAUUGUUGUAUUCAUUGUGAUUAACUUGUUCAAAAUUGGUGUUACCCCUUUACACCCUAACAUCAGUAUGCAUAUUCUCCAUACUGUUUGCUAGACAUUUCCUAAGGUGCUGACGAGGAGAAGUUGGUUAACAAUCAUGAGCUUCUUUUUAUUCUUUGUAAUUCAAGGGUGAUAUUGUAGAGAAAAAUCAGACGUUAGGAUGCUAGUCAACCUCAGGGUGAAAUAUUAAAUGUUACCUUGAUACACUUUUUGCUUUCUCCACAGAUCUCUCAAUGGCCUGUACAGUUUUGAAAAACUGGAGGAACUAAUCCUUGACAACAACCAGCUUGGAGAUGAUAUGGAUUUUCCUGAAAUGCCCCAUGUACAUACACUAACGUUAAACAAAAACAAAAUAUCCUUUUAACCCUGUUUGGGUUAUCAAUUUGUUUAUCAAGGAAAAAUGCCGUGGGAGGGGAAGGGGGAGGGGGAGGUUAACCUGCAAUGGUAUAGUAUUCUGACCAGGGAGGGAAGGAAGCAAAAUUCCAAGUCACUUCAUUUUACCUUAACCAGGUGAAGCUUAAUUGAUCCUCUGACCCAUAAACAGCUUAACCCUUCACGCACCAAUAUUGAUAUACAGAUUUUCCAUACUUUUCUCUAUACAUUUUUAAGGGUGCUGACAAGGAGAAUUUGUCUAACAAUCAAGAGCUUUUUAAGUUGGUGAUGGUUUCCUUCAUUCUGGUGACCUGAACACUUUAACCCCUAAGAGUGACUAAUAUCUAAUUUCUCCUAACAACAUCAUCCCUGAAUCAAACAUCAAGGUCCUGAGAAUAAAGGAGAUGAUCUCCAAGGAAAGAAGCUCUUGAUUGUUGAACAAAUUCUCCUUGUCAGAACCCUAAGAAAUGUCUAGGGAGUAGUAUGGAGAAUAUGCAUACUGAUGUUAGGGAGUAAAGGGUUAAUGUGUGAUUCAGGGGUGAUAUUUUAAGGUGGAAUUAGAUGGUAUUCACUCUUGGGAGUCAAAGGGUGAAUGAUUUAUGAUUUGCAUUCUGAAAUGAUAAAAUGCCACCUGAAUUCAAGAGUCAGGUGAAAAUUCCCUAAACUGCAUCAGUUUUGGCACAUGAAUGGUCUGCACAGUUUAGAUCACUCUGUUUCAAGGCUUCAGUUAAUGGAAAGGAAGAAAGGAGAAUAUGAACAGCAAACAGCAGCUGGAUUUGUCAGGGAAAUAGCUGCAGAACCUUAUCAUUUUUCAUGCAUCCACUUUUCCACUUGUUCCCUUAAUUAAGAGCCUGUCACAGCCUAAUUUUAAAUCAUCUCAACAGAGCGAUAAGACGAAGUCAUUUAUUGCAGAUCACAAUUUUUCCUUAAUGUCAACACAUAGUCAGUCUAGAUGUAAUUUUGGAUAAGCUCUCCAAGAAUCUACCCUCACUGAAAUACCUCAGCAUGCUGAGUAACCAGGCUUGUCCAAAUGAACUGUCCUUUUCACACAGAGACGAGGAAGAUUACCAGCGAUACAGGUACGUAAACACAAAGGGUAUUUUAUCAGGGAAUAUGAUCCUUGGUCGGCUCCUAAGAGUGGUACGUCCAAGUCCAUAGAAACGGUUUUUUCGAGUAAAGCAAUUUAGAAGUAAUUUAGCUUUACCACUGAGCCUCGGAGACUCUACGGUGAGCGCGGUCUAUUGCGAAGUUCUUAUGACACGCGUCCUACAAUUCAUCAUAACAAGAAUCUUUUUUAAUGUUUUUUUCAUCAGAUAUUAUGUCCUCUACCGCCUGCCAAAGCUAACCUUCCUUGAUUCAAGACCUGUUAAACAGGAUGAGAGAGAUGAGGCUCAACGAGUUGGUGCUCACAUGAAGAUUAUGGCCCCCUCUGACGAAGAACUGAUUAGUAACGUGAGUUCCAAACAUAAACAGCUCUUUUCUUUCAGAGAGACACCUCAGUAAAGAGUGUCCUUUGUUAUUCCGCCCCAAACCCCCCCCCCCCCCCCCCCCCCAAAUACCUAAGGGCUUUCAAAACUGAGUCAUCGAUGGCUUGUGAGUAGGCUCUCCUCAUUAGAACUUCGGCGGGAAAGUACGAGGCCUUGAGUGACGUAAGCCCGUGAAAGGUCAGCAGAUGGUCUAGCAAUGAUAAUUAUUAGUGCCAUACCCCUGGCAAACCUCUACCCGACUCGUCUCAAAUCUUCCCGCGAGCGAAGAAAUGCGUGACCUGCAGCGCUGGUAAUGAGGGCGUGCUCCAAAGUUAGUUUAUGGAACCUCUAUCGUUUGAGUUCUAGGUAUCAUAUCAGCAAAAGACAACAAAGGUGAAAAUGAAUUAUUAAAAUGUCACAGUUUCUCUCAUAUCUUCGCAGCGACGAAUUCCCCGACAAUCAGACUGGGAAAAGUAACUAGCAAUCCGCAGAGAAAAGUUGCAGCGAAUGGAAGGAACAUUUAGUAAAAUCUUCCUUCCCGCGACCGACUCUUUCACCGAAAUGAGUCGUAGAAAUUCAAAUUGGUUGGAAUUUAUGCAUGCAUAGCAACAAAAUUUGGAAAUAGUUCUCUCGAAGUAGGUUAGUGACCCGUGGCAUCGUGUGCUCCUCGAUACAUAAUAUAGGGUGCUAGAGCCACAGAAACGUCUAUCUCUCGUGUGACUGGGGCUUGGAUACGACUGUCAUUUCAGACUAGUGUCUAGGCCUUUAUUCUUCGAUGUUUAAGCUGAAUCUUCUUCCAUUCACGGAAUAAAUCUUGUCAUCUUUUUGUCGACAGACUGCUGAUUCGCUGGAAAGCACGGAAUCCUUAAAAUACACCCCGCUACCGAGCAAUUCAAUCACUGCAGGAGAUCAUAAAGGCACAUUUGGACGUUGUCGAUACGUCUACUACGGAAAACAAUCGGAAGGCAACAGAUUUAUAAGAAACAACGAGCUUUAAGAAAUGGUAAAAUUUAUUAUUGAAUUUGUUAAGUUUUUGUAUAUAUGACAUCUAGUCAUGAAUUAUGGGACGAAAAAAUUUUCACGAACAAAUUGAGCUUGCGAGAGAUGCGCCGGCGAGCAGGCCCGCCACAAAUUUGUGCGGUUGGCCGCCGGCGUUUCUUCGCCAGAGGGAAAUUACGAGGCCUUGAGCCACGCGAAGCGGUUUACUUCUCCCUGACUCGUCUCAAAUCUUCCCGCGGGCGGAGAUACGCGCAUCCUGUAGCGCUGAACAUGACGGCCUGCUCGAAGCCUAGCGAGAGAUUUACCUCGUGAUCAAUCUCGAAUGCGUUCAAUCUCUUAUUAGGCUUUCGGGCAAAAAAAUACCACUGGAACGAGUACAAAGAAUCUGGCCCCUUUUUAGGGGAAGCAGACCUACUGGUUUCCAAAGCAAAUUUGAACUUCAGUCAUAAUAGCACUUCUUUUUUUAAAAAAAUAUUUUAUUGAACAAAAUGGAUUGGGAAGGAAGCAGUGUCUUAUUAUGUUUGAAGGAAGUUCGCAAGCCAGACGCUGGCGUCUUAUGACUUACCAUUUUUUAUCAGUGAUGUUUGCUUUAUAAUUUGUUUUAGAUAUUGUUUUACGCACUCAAAUGUACUGGUGAUGCAGAGUUUUACCGUUUUGCAGUUAUUAAAAUACAUUAAGGAAGUUAGUAGAGUUUUAUUGUUAGAGCGCUUUUCCGUUUUGCGUCGUUAAACUAAAACUUAAGUUACCACAUCGGCCAAUCAGAGGAGAGGAAAAUACCUUUAAGAGCCAAUGAGAACUCAAAAUCAAACUAAGCAAACUGCUUAAAGCGCGGGAAAACGCGGGCGACCAAGUCGUGAUUGGUUUCAGUUUUGCAUCUGAUUGGUCAUGAGGGUGGUGCGAGUUUUCUGGACCAAUCAGGGUGAAGAAAAGCAAAACCAAAGUAAUCCCAGAUUAAUUUCGACAGUCAAUUGAAAAUCGCUCUAUUUAUAUACAGGUGUUUUUGUCCAAAGUAACCUUUUGUGAAACACUUUAGAAUAUAUGUCAAAACGACAUUUUAUUCUGAAAUUCUAACAAUAAACCCGUAUUAUUUUGCUCAACUUUCCUUCGUUAUCGGAAAGGUUUUUUUUCUUAAUAUUAUUUUAAGGGAAAGAAAGAAUUAUUUAAUGUACAAGUCGAACUUCUGUUUUAGUCUGAAAAGUGUAUGAAGAAUGCCUUAACGUCGAAAACUGAAAUUCCCUUUUUUCGAUUGUCAUGACUAUUUUUUUAGAGCGAUUUUAACUUUUUAUCUAUAGUAAGCUUAACUAAAUGCGAUGACAUCGAGAAAGACUUUGGAAAUCCUGAUUAGGAUAGAUACAAAUAAAUACACAAAAUAAAAUGUAAUAAAAACUAUUGCGUGGUAAUGAUACUGUUUACGGUGCUAGUUACUUCAAUUUUUAAACUGACUAAGAGUCUGAUAAUUCAUUCAGACAAAAAAACUUCUUCUUUGAAAAGUUCAGUUUUCUCGUACAAGUCCUCUUGUUCAAAAUCUGGAAUAUUAAUAUUUGCAACCCGCGUCGAGUGUUGUUGAAACACCGCGCUCUUCUU